AUGACGGAAGAAAAGAUUUGGCACGAAAAGGAUACCCCGGUUUCCACUGAUACUGCCAGUGGAGGAGCCUCUGCACAUGGCUUGGUGGUUAACAUCCAUGAUGCUGACGAUACAUUAAAGUUCUUCUUGGAGAACGAUGCUUCAGUUCCUGAGAUCACUCCAGAACAAGACAAGAAAUUGUCCCGCAAAGUCAUGUUCCAUGUGCUUGGACUCACCUUCUUGGUUAACAUGAUCAUGUACAUGGACAAAGCCACCUUGUCUUACUCAUCGAUCUUAGGACUUUGGGAAGAAACUAAUAUUCACCAGAACCAAUAUAACAACAUCAACACUUUGUUUUAUGUUGGUUUCUUUGUUGGACAAUUUCCUGGAACGUUCAUUCUCCAGAGAUUUCCACUUUCCAAGGUUCUUUUUGGUAUCACCGUUGUAUGGUCGGUCCUUAUCUUCUUGGUAUGUGCAGCUUACAACUAUCCGGGCCUAAUGAUGCUUCGGUUCUUCUUGGGUUUCACUGAAGCUCUGGCUAUUCCACUUUUGACAACAACUAAUGGUAUGUUCAUGACCAAAAACGAAAGAGCAAACACUCAGCCUGUCUUCUAUGCUUCAUGCAUGGCCUCUCCAAUUCCUAUUGGAUUCAUUGCCUACGGUUGCAUUUACGCAAACUCCUCUAUCAAGAGUUAUAGAAUUUUGAACAUCAUCAUUGGUGGCUUGACUCUCUUGUUGAGUGUAUUUAUCUGGUUCUAUUACCCAGACAACCCAGCUACUGCUAAAUUCUUGUCUACCGAAGAAAAAGUGUGGGUAAUUAGAAGAGUUCAAAGAACACAGCUCAACUCUAUUGAACAGAAGGUUUUCAAGAAGCACCAUGCAGUGGAGGCCUUGAGGGACCCUGUUUCGUGGCUCAUUACUGGCUUCUUUCUCCUUCAACAGUUGGCAAACAAUUUACCUUACCAACAAACAAUUUUGUACGAGGAAAUGGGAGGAAUCUCUAAUUUGAACUCAACUUUGGUCACAGUUGCAGGUGCUGGUUACUCUGUUAUCUGGGCAUUCUUUGCUACCUUCAUCAUGUGGGUAUUCCCUAAUACCUCUUGCUUCUGUGUUCUUUGGUCUACUAUUCCUGCCUGGGUGGGGUCAGUAGUUGCUGUUUCGCUCGAUAUUCAUAAUUCGAUCGGUGUUCUUGCUGCUAUCUGCUUGGCCUCCCAGUCCUUCGGUGUACCAUGGAUUUGUGCGUUUGGUUUAGCUGCCUCUACUGCUGGAGCUUCGUAUUCCAAGAGACUUACAAGAAAUGCAAUGGUAAUGUGUGCAUAUUCGAUUGCAAAUAUCAUUUCGCCCCAACUUUGGCAAGAACGUGAUGCUCCUCGUUACGUGCCAGCAUGGAUCGUGCAAAUUGUUCUCAGUUUCACCAUUGCACCUUCAUUGAUUGGUGUUGUUUGGUUCAUCUUGAAGAGAAGAAACACUGAAAGAUUGGCGGCGUUGACGGAAGGUGACAGAAUUGGAUACGUUGAGGACGAAUCUGGCCAGAAGGUGGAAGUUGAUGUUGCUACUUUGGAUUUAACAGACUUGGAGGAUAAGACGUUCAUCUAUCCUUUGUGA